CAUUUAUGUCAUAUAAAUUUAACAUUAAAAAGAAAAUUAGAUAAAAAAUGAGUGAUUAUACUGCUCGAGUGCAAGAUCCAGAUAGUUACAAUGGUGCUAGUCAUGAUAACUUCAGUUGGUCGCAAAGUAUAAGCGACCUUGACGUGCUCCUGAACAUUCCUAGCAGUCUGAUGAGCCCCCGUGACCUCAAAGUCAGCGUAUCGAGCAAGAAAAUCAAGGUCGCGAUAAGAGAAAAAAAUAUUACUGGCGCCGAUAGUCCUGAAAAAUGGUCUCACUUGUUAAACGGUCAAUUAUCAUUCCCCGUAAAGCAAAAUGAAACCAUUUGGAGUCUAAUUCCUAACCAGCAUAUUCACAUUCAUUUGGAAAAAGCCGCUGAAAGGUGGUGGGAAGCUUUGAUAGUCGGUGAGCCUAAAAUAAAAUUAAGUGAAAUAGACUGUUCGCGCGAUUACAGCGAACUUAAGCCAAUUGAGCAAAGCAAGUUGCAAGAAUUGAUGUGGUAUCAACAACAAAAAUUACUAUCUAGGUCAAGCGAUAAAUAAAAAACAAUAAAUUAAUUACAUUAAUAAUUAAACAGCAAUAUUUGUUUAAUUACUUCUGCUUCUAUCAGCUAAAAUUUCUUGAUACUUGACACUCGUAAAUUAAAUCAUGCAAUACGCUGUUCACAUUUGACUAAACAUAUAUCAAACAUCAAACCGUUCGCUCUAAUUUUUUGCAAUAAAUAAUUCCAUUUAACCGUUAUAUUGGAAUAUUAACGACAUUAUAAGUAAAGGUCUAGAAAAUUAAAAAUCAACCAGCAAUUACGUUUAAUAAAUCGA